CACGACAUUCUAUCUGGAGGAACUACACUAUGGGGCCACUCGCCGCUACUCCGUACCUCGUUGUCUGGCUGACUGAUGCACACUGACGCUCAGCAGUGAGCCGGAUCUCUUAUCCAAGCGAGGGACUCGGAUAGAUCCAGAUUCCAGGCCGAUUUGCCGGCAAGCAACCGUGUCCAAUGGCGACAUCCCGAAAUUUUCAGCAGCAUGGAUCCCCCCCCCCUCUCCCCUCGCCUCCCUGCCAUUAUCAAUCGCCCCUCUCGGUGCUGACGGAAUCGGGGGUUGUGGUUGACUGUGCUUACACAAGCAUACCGAGUACAGCGUGCAGCGCCCACGCCUCAACAACGAGGAUAUGUUCCUGCCAGUCCCUCAGUCCCUGCCAGUCCCUGCCAGUGCAUGCCUGCAUGGCUCGAACAUGCAUUGAAGUCUGAACCGCCAUGGACGCCAAAGCCCACAGCAACAGCCCCGUCUCCCGAGCUGCCCUGGCCGAGCCCCAGUCCUCGGCCUCGACCAUCAGCGAUGGCGGCGUUCUCAUCGACGACCAGCAUCAGCCCCCCGAGCUGGACAGGCGCAUCGUGCGCAGGAUCGACCUGAGGCUGUGCACCAUCGCCGGCAUCCUGUGUGCCCUCGACCUCAUCGACUCGGGCAUCAUGUCCAGUGCCUCGGCCACCUCCAUGCCCCAGGACAUCGGCCUUGUCGGCGGCCGCUACUCGACAGCCGUGUGGAUCGUCACCCUGGCCCAGGUCGUCUUCAAGCUGCCGGCCACGAUAGCCAUGCGCUUUGUCGGCCCGCCCAUCUUCUUCACCCUGGCCACCGUCCUGUUUGGCCUCAUCACCCUCUGCAUGGCGUAUGUUGCAGACUGGAAACAGAUGAUCGCUCUGCGGUUCCUGAUGGGCCUGGCCAUGUCCGGCAUCUACCCCGGCCUGGCAUAUCUCAUCUCCUCGUGGUACCCGCGCAAGGAGCAGCAGCUCCGCUUCGCCUACCUCCAGUCUGGCCAGGUCAUCAUCGUGGCCACCGGCAGCAUCGUCAACUACGGCCUCAACUUCCUGGAUCAUUCCCACGGCCUGAGAGGGUGGCAGUGGAUGUUUGUGGUACAAGGCGGCAUCACUAUGUUCAUUGGAGUUGUGGCAUACCUCUGGGUCCCGCAUUUUCCAGACAAGGUCGCCAAGACGCGAUGGUUCCUCACCCAGGCCGAAGUGGACCAAGUCAUGGCGGCUCUAAACAGCGAAAGCAAAGAUGCUGGCCCCCCUGAGCCUUUUACAGUCUCAGCCAUCCUCCUGCCUUUUUUAGACGUCAAGAUAUAUGCCUUCAGCAUCUUGUUCUUCCUCCAGAACGUCGUGUCAACCGCCCUGUCCUAUUUCAUCCCCCAGAUUCUCAUUGGGAUGGGAUUCACUUCGGACACUUCCAUCUUGCUGUACGCGCCGCCGUACUACUACGCAGUCAUACCAGUCAUCAUAACCUCCUUCGUCGCCGAUCGCAUGGCCCUGCGAGGUCCGAUCAUCGUCUUCAACGCCGUGUGUCUCAUCGUGGGCAUGUGCAUGCUCGGAUUCCCCAGCAAUGUUGCCGUGCGCUACGUCGGUGUCCUGUUUGCCACGGGCGCCUAUGUCUCGAACUGGGCCGCAAUGAAUGCAUAUCAGAUGAAUAACGUCACUGGCCAGUGGAAACGUGCCACGGUGGCUGCCACAGUCAGUGGCUGCAAUGCACUCGGCGGGAUUGCGGGGUCGUAUAUAUUCAGGCCCGCCGAGGCCCCGUGGUACCCGACUGCCAUUUGGAUUAGUAUCGGCAGCCAUAUUCUGAUCAUCGCCAUCAUCGCAUUAUGCGGUGGGUUGUUCUGGAGGGCCAAUAGAAGAGCUGGGGCUGGAAAGGGCGUCAUUGAGGGCGUCGAUGGCUUUAGAUAUAUAUAUUAAACCAUCAAUGCGCAGGGCCGGCGAGUUGGGCCAUCAAACCUCACAGCUCCAAGUCGACUGGUAUUAUCGGUUAUUUACAUCAAAACAAAUGCCCACGGUGCUAAUGUGUGCCGUAAA